AUGGCUACCCCUAGUGUCCUAGCUUUUGACGCUGAGGGUCGCGCCAUUGAUUUUGAGGUCUGGCUAGACGACCUGCAGCUGUUCUUACAGUGCGACAGGGCUGAUGACCUUUCUCUCUUUGACCUCACCUCUGGCGCCUCUCCUGCUCCUGCUGCUGAUGCUGAUCCCGCUGUCCGCUCUAAGUGGGCCACCCGCGAUGCUGCUGCACGUCUUGCUGUGCGUCGCCACCUCCCUACCUCUGAGCUCGCGCGCCUCCCUGACUCCCUUCGCGUCGUCAGGGACCACUUUCUCGCAGUCUGUCCCACCACUCUCACCGUCGACCUCCUCGAGAAGGCCCUCCUUGCAGCGGAGAAGAGCAUAGUCGCUGUAGGUGCUUCUCGUGGUGACCCUCGCACCCCCAUCUUUGAGGGGUGCUCUCCUUCCCCCUUGCUGCCCUCUGUUGCCUCUGCUGCUGCUGCCGACCUGCUUGGUCUUGAGUCGGUCGGCGCGGCGUCUGCCCCUAGUGGGAGACGUCGCUCCAGCAAGGGCAAGGGAGGCAAGGGCGCGGGUGGAGCUGGGGGGGGCGGUGGCGGUGGCGGCGGUGGCGGCGGAGGGAGUGGGGGUGGCGGCGGGACUAGUGGCGGGGGUGGUGGUGGUGGUGGUGGCAGCAGCGGCGGAGACGGUGGUGGUGGUGCCAGCGGUGGUGGUGGAGGCAGCGGCGGAGGUGGAGGCGGCGGAGGUGGAGGCAGUGGAGGCGGCAGCGGCGGAGGCAGUAGUGGUGGAGGAGGUGGAGCUGGUCGGGGUGGUACCCAGCAGCGUAGCGGCGGUGGUGGUGGCCAGCGCUCGCACCGGCAGCAGCAGCAGCGCUCACGGGACAUCCCUUCGCCUCAGCAGCUUCGUGAGUGGUACGCUGGGCGUCAGAGGGGUGGGGGUACUGGUCCCUGCACCUACGUUCUUCGUUCCGGCGACCGCGCGGCGAUCUUUGAUCUUGAUUUUGAUGCUAUCCUUACUGCUAUGUAUGUUGUGGAUUAUAGUGAGGAGAAUGAGGGUUACCGGUGUUUCCAGCCCGACCCGGGCAUUGGUACUGCUGCGCUAGGUACUUGUGAGGCUGCUGCUCUAGGUGCCAGUGCGUCUGCGCUCUCAGGUACUGGUGAGACUGCGUUCUCAGGUACUGAGUCGUCCUCGUCCUCCCUCACUUUCACACUUGACUCCGGAGCUUCUCGCUCCUUCUUUCGAGACCGCACUACCCUUUCGCCGCUCGCCAGGCCAGUUGCGGUCUCCCUUGCUGACCCCUCUGGGGGUCCUGUCCUGUCUCACUUCUCCACUGUCCUCCCGUGUCCGGCUGCCCCUUCGGGCACCCUGUCGGGUCUGUACCUUCCCUCGUUCUCUACGAACUUGGUGAGUGGAGCGGACCUGCAGGAUGGGGGUGUUCACCAGUUCACUCCUGCGCGUCAGCGGGUGACCCACUGCACGGAGGCUCGCACAGGCCGACACCUGGCCACGUUCUCGCGUCGGCCGGGGUCGAGUCUCUACACCCUGACCGUUGAGUCUCCUCCUGUCCCUGCGUCUGGUCAGGUGGCUGCGUCGGGUCAGGUACUUGCUGCUGCGUCCCGGUCAGGUCCUGAGUCUGCCCCCUGUUCUUGUCGCCUCCUGUCUCACGAGACUCUCCUGUGGCACCACCGUCUUGGCCACCCCUCCUUGCCCCGUCUUCGGAGCAUGGCUUCCCGUGUCCUUGUCUCUGGUCUUCCCCAGUCCCUCCCUCCUCUCCCCUCCGGGCCAGGACCUUCCUGUGUCCCCUGUGUCGAGGGUCGCCUCCGGGCUACUCCUCACUCCUCCCACUUCCCCCCGACAGAGGCUCCCCUGCAGACGCUUCACAUGGAUGUGUGGGGCCCAGCCCCCGUCCGUGGGCAGGGUUACGAGCGCUACUUCCUGUUGGUGGUUGACGACUACUCGCGUUACACCACAGUCCUCCCCUUGCGCAGCAAGGGUGCGGUCACUGAGGUACUGAUCGACUGGAUCCGCGAGGCUCGUCUCCAGCUCAGGAAGAGCUUCGGCUCGGACUUUCCUGUUCUGCGUCUGCACUCUGACAGAGGCGGAGAGUUCUCUUCUCGCCUUCUGCGAGACUACUGUCGUGCACGGGGGAUCCGCCAGACCUUCACGCUUCCGGACUCACCACAGCAAAAUGGGAUUGCUGAGCGCCGCAUUGGCAUGGUCAUGGAUGUCGCUCGUACGUCCAUGAUGCAUGCGGCUGCCCCCCAUUUUCUGUGGCCGUUUGCGGUGAGGUACGCGGCGCAUCAGCUCAACCUUCACCCCCGGGUCUCUCGGCCUGCGAUGUCCCCAGUCUUGCUGUGGACAGGGAAGGUUGGCGAUGCGUCUGUGUUCCGUGUCUGGGGAUCUCGGGCGUUUGUCCGCGACUUGUCUGCGGACAAGCUGUCCCCUCGUGCUGCUCCCUGUGUCUUUCUUGGCUUCCCCACUGACGCCCCAGGGUGGCAGUUUUACCACCCCUCCUCUCGUCGUGUUCUGUCCUCCCAGGACGUCACGUUCGACGAGUCAGUCCCCUUCUACCGUCUCUUCCCCUACCGCACUCCUUCCCUCCCCCCUUCCCCGGACUUCCUUGUGCCGACGCCGUUGACCCGGUCGAGGUUACUGGUGACUCUGGUCCUGCUGCGGGUGCUGAGCCUGGGGGUGCUGACUCUGGGGGUACUGUGCGCGGGGGUGCUGUGCCUGGGGGUGCUACUGCUGGGGGUGCUGGGCCUGAGGGUGCUACUGCGGUGGCUGCGGAGCCUGGGGGUGCUGAGCCGGGGGGUGCUGUGCCUGGAGGUGCUGGGUCUGGGGGUGCUGGGUCGGGAGCUGCUGAGCCUGGGGGUGCUGAGCUGGGAGCUGCUGAGCCUGGGGGUGCUGCGUCUGGAGCUGCUGAGCCUGGGGGUUUCUCCUGCUGCUGCGUCUCGCCGGGAGCCCCUCUCUCCACAGGAGCUGCGCGAGUGGUUCGCUCGCCGCUGGAGGCGUGCUGCUGAGUCUGGAGGUGCUGCUGGAGCUGGAGCUGGAGCUUCUUCGAUCGUCGAGGGUGCGGGUGCUGCCGGUCCCGGAGCUGCUGGACCUGCGGGUCCUCCUGGAGCUGGAGCUGCUGAGGGCGUUCGUACUGAGCCUACUGCUGUUGGUCCUGCCGCUGGAGGUGUGGGUGGCGCUGGUGCUGUCGCUGAGGGUGCUGGUGCUGUCCCUGCUGAGACUGGAGCUGCCGCGCGGCCUCGGCCGUACUUCGUUCCGCUCCUUCAGCAGGUUCUUGGUCUUUCUCCUCCAGUAGAGGGUCCACCGCCUGUCCAGUCGCAGUCCCUACUGGAGCCUUCCUCUCCACUGCCUGCUCCCUCUCCUUACACUGGUCCUACUGGUGGUCUUGCUAAGCGUCGUGAGCCUGCGUCUCGCCCCGCGUCGCCUGUUCGUGCUGCUCGCGCUAGUGGUCGCGGUUCGCGUCAGCGUCCUCCUCCUGUCCCUGGCACGCACCGGAUGUCUCUGCGUCCGUCCACUGCUCCUCUGCGUGCCCCUUUGCCUUCUCCUCCUGAGUCCUCUCUUCCUGCGCUUGCCGACCCUGAGUCGGACUCUCUUCGCGCUGCGAGUCCUACUGUCACGCGUCUGCUUGCUACUGUCGUCACUGACCCCUCUUUUGAGUCCACUGCUGCGUCUGCUCUAGUCGCUGAGCUCGUCGACUUUGCUGCUCGCUGUCGUCUCGGCUACGCUGCUAGUCUUGUUGCUGAGUCUGAGUCUUUCUGUCCUCCGUCCGUCGGGGGUGAGUGUGCUCUUGGCACGGACGUCCUAGAGGACAGGCAGGAGGAGUUACAGUGUCUAGCGGCUGCUUCACCUCAUCUCGCGUCUGUACUGCUUGCCCCUGAGGGAGACCCGGAUGCACUAGACAUCCCGACUCCGCGUUCUUACGCGGAGGCCGUAGAGGGCCCCUACUCCUCUCAGUGGCAGGCAGCCAUGGAUGCAGAGAUGGCUUCCUGGAAGUCCACAGGCACCUACGUUGACGCGGUUCCCCCUCCUGGGGCGAACAUCGUCAGUGGCAUGUGGAUCUUCAGGGUGAAGCGGCCGCCGGGCUCUCCACCUGUCUUCAAGGCACGGUACGUUGCUCGUGGCUUCAGUCAGCGGCAGGGAGUUGACUACUUUCAGACCUUCUCUCCCACCCCGAAGAUGACUACUCUUCGGGUGCUGCUGCACAUAGCCGCUCAGCGCGACUACGAGCUUCACUCUCUCGACUUCAGCACUGCGUUCUUGCAGGGUAGCCUGCACGAGGAGAUCUGGCUUCGCCGUCCACCUGGCUUCACUGGGACUUUCCCUCCUGGCACCCAGUGGAGCCUCAGACGGCCAGUCUACGGUCUCCGCCAGGCACCGCGUGAGUGGCACGACACACUGAGGACUAUGCUUGCGGCUCUUGGGUUUGCUCCUUCUACUGCUGACCCGUCGCUGUUUCUUCGCACCGACACUUCCCUGCCGCCGUUCUACAUCCUCGUGUACGUCGACGACUUGGUCUUUGCCACAGCGGACACUGCUGGACUCGCCUACGUGAAGUCCGAGCUGCUGAAGAGACACACGUGCACAGACCUGGGUGAACUGCGCAGCUACCUUGGCUUGCAGAUCACUCGGGACAGAGCACGCCGCACCAUUACCUUGACUCAGUCACACAUGGUGCAGCAGGUCCUUCAGCGCUUCGGCUUCACGUACUCCUCGCCUCGGGCCACUCCUCUGCCUACUCGCCACUCACUCUCAGCUCUGCCUUCGGAUGAGUCCGUAGAGUCGAGUGGUCCGUAUGCAGAGCUUGUUGGCUGCCUCAUGUACCUGAUGACCUGCACACGACCUGACCUUGCAUACCCUCUGAGCAUUCUUGCACGCUAUGUUGCUCCUGGGAGACACAGACCGGAGCACAUGGCUGCAGCGAAGAGGGUAUUGCGCUACCUCUGCAGUACGUCAGGCAUGGGGCUAGUGCUUGGAGGGCGGAGUCCAGUGGUCCUUACCGGCCACGCGGACGCUUCUUGGGCUGACGACCAGGCUACGCAGCGGUCGUCACAGGGUUACACCUUCAGCCUUGGUUCCGGCUCUGUCUCGUGGCGGUCUACUCGCUCGUCUUCGGUUCUCGGCUCCAGUUGUGAGGCUGAGAUCUACGCCGGAGCCAUGGCUGCACAGGAGCUUCGCUGGCUCACCUACCUGCUGACUGACCUUGGAGAGCCGCCUUGUUCUCCUCCAGUGCUGUACGUAGACAACAAGGCUAUGCUGGCCUUGUGUCGAGAGCAGCGCUUGGAGCACAGAACGAAGCACAUUGCUCUCCGCUACUUCCUUGCUCGUGAGUUGCAGCAGCGUGGUCAGUUGCGACUUGCGUACGUGGCCUCUGAGGCCAACACUGCUGAUGUGUUCACCAAGGCACUUGCGCCUUGUGACCAUCAGCGCUUCUGCACCCAGCUGGGUCUUGUGCCUGUCUUGCCUCACUUGCUCUCCUCUUGA